CACCGCGGUAGGGUAAGUGCAACACAAAUGUGCUGCUUGACCGACAUCGUGCUUAGGCAGGUCGACAUGGCACGCAGGCCUCAAUAUUAGUCAGUUUCACGCCCUUCGACACACAACUGCAACCUGUUGCUGAAGGUGACAAGGGGGAAAAAGAAGAACAUGACAUUAAUGCAGUGCAUCCUCACCCGUGGCACCCUGCAAAGGGCGUCGGUGGUGCGCCGGUUGUUGGUGGGUGUCGCUGUCCAGGACCCGCCGCAGCCAUUUUGCAGUUGCGCUCUCCUACGCCUAGCCCCUCCGCCUCACACGGGCUGGCACCGGUUUUCCACAUCAUCGUUCAGCAUGGCAGCGCAUCAGCCCAAACACCAGCCUUCAGGGGAGGAAACGCACUCCAGCUCUUCACCUCAAACGCCGCCGGAUCAACGAGAGACAGCGGAGGAGGUGGACCCGUUGCAGGACAAGUCCAUCGGCCUCGUUCAGAGAUUUAAGAAGACCUUCAAACAGUAUGGGAAGGUGAUGAUCCCUGUGCACCUCCUCACGUCCUCAGUCUGGUUUGGAACCUUCUACUAUGCUGCUAUGAAAGGUGUAAAUGUGGUGCCGUUCCUGGAGAUGAUUGGUGUACCAGAAUCACUUGUUGGGCUUUUGAAAGACUCAUCCAGCGGUUACGCUCUGACUGCUUACGCCAUGUACAAGAUUGCCACGCCUGCCAGAUAUACAGUUACUUUGGGCGGCACGUCUCUGUCCGUCCAGUACCUUCGGAAGCACGGAUACCUAUCCACCCCGCCGCCGGUCAAAGACUACAUCCAGGACAAGAUGGAGGAGACCAAGGAGAAACUGUCAGAAAAAAUGGAGGAGACAAAGGAAAGGUUUUCAGAGAAAAUGGAGGAAACCAAAGGGCGCUUCUCUGAGAAAAUGGAAGAGACCAAGGACAAGCUGUCUGAGAAGCUACAGGAAACCAAAGACAGGGUAUCGGAGGGAAAAGCAUUUUUUAGGAAGGAAAAAUGAAGAAAUGAGAAAUGAUUGCAGGUGACGCCUCAAUAAAUGAGCCAGUGAAGGUGUGAAAAGAUGAGUGAUUUGGGAGCACCUCUGAGACAGGUAAGACUUGGUCCUGAAGUGUCACCACCAUCUGGCUCUUGUGCGUAUUGUUAAGUUCAUGUGCUAAUUGUCCACACACGGUUGUGCCACGCAGCAGCUGCCCCUCCUCAGCUGAAACCAACAAUGUAUAAAGUUAGGUGAAGCCACUCACUGUCCCUACAUGGCAUUAGCAGGCUUGUUUGUGCCCCCGCCCUCCCAAAGCUGUAAACCUUGGGGAAACACUGCAUGGCGGGAAACAUGACACAUUGAGCGGGUGGCUCAAAGCAAAUACAACUUGAAGCUAAUGGUUACACAACAGCAUGUACUCACACAACCCCCAAGCCUUCUAAAGGCUGGCUACCACCUGGCGUCCUUUUGCAACGUAGAAAUAAAAAAAAUCACUUUCUCUAAUGUAUUUUAAUCUGCUAGCCAAAGCUAAUUCAUGGCAGCGAAGCUACAGCCUCAUGUAUUUAAUAGAACGAGAUCAUCUAAUGAUCCUCGUCAUUGUCAAGCAGCACUCAUUCGUGUUAGGAAUGGGCGAUAUCAACGGUAUGCGAUGAGCAAUUUGGCCGACGACGGGGCUUUUAAUUCUGUCAGCCUGUUGCGAUAAUGCAGUUUAAUGACGGACUGGCCGCAACAAGCUGCGGAGCUGAAGCAUGUCCUUCGUGGUGCUGAGCUGCUCCUGACUUACCAAUCCUCGUCUCAAUGGCGGCAAACGGGUAUCAUUGUCUCUGUGAAACUGGAAGACGAGGGAUAGCUGAGUGGUAAAAUAAGACACUAACACGAGGAACGGGCUGUGAACAGGAAAUGAGCAAGUAAAUGAACAAGCGUCUAGAAAGGAAAUAGUAGAGCAUCUACUCUAACUGUAAACCAGAAACAACCUGCACGCUUUUUAGGAUGCUUCUAUUAUCCUUUCAGUGCCAAAGAAUAUAUCGUGAUGCACACGCUUCAUCAAAAUGUUAAGACCAGUUGAACACCUGCAGGAAUGUACAUUAAGGAGGUUCCAAGUAGAGCUUUAAAAUGCAAAAAGAAGAAACGGAACUGAGGCAAAAAAAUGUUUUGAGUUAGUAAUUUAUUGCAAACAAGCAUUAAAGUGAAAUAGAAUAGCAUUAGGUGAUCAAAGGUUUCAGUCCAUAACUCAAAAAAACUCCAACCCCCCCCAAAAUGGAAAUAAAAUGUAUAAAAAGGAGUGAGUGAUGAGGAGCUGUGCCAUUCUUGGUAAUGAGGUAAAAAAUGGGGUUGGCAUGCUUGAUGCCAGUGUUUCCAGGAGGCUCGUGGCAAUGUUGCUCCAGGUGGUGAACAUGGCUUCACUGUCUGGAACUCAUGUCCAUUUUUUAAAAUCCAUCCUCAAAUGUUCUCCAUUGGAUUUAGAGGACGGGAACACUGAGGAUGGUCCAAAAGAGUGAGCUUAUUCCUCUUUGUGACGUGCAGCGUUGUCCUGUUGAAAAAGCAUUAGAUGAUUACCACACAGACGAGGGCCUUCAGUCGUGAGGGAUGCCCCCUGCAACAUCGGCACAUAGCUGGCUGCCCUUUGACGCCCCUGCACAACCUGACGCGCCAUUGUUCCAUUGAAGGAUCAUGAUGGCGCCCCCUCCACUGUGCCGUGUGGAAAACAUCUCAGGCGGGAUCUUCUUGUCAUGUCAGUAACGUUGGAAGCCAUCAGGAAAACUUUCUUCCACCUUUCAAUGUCCCAUGUUUGGUGCUCUCCUGCUAAUUCCAAACGGGAAAUUGUGUGGCCUUGAAGGAGACGAGGUCUGAGAAGACCUUUUUUUCUUUUUAAAAGUCUGAUGGUUAUCGGACUGCACUCGGCACCAGUAACAACCUUCAUUUGGGCCGAGGAUGGUCCCGUGUCUUGACGGACAGCCAAUGGGAUCAUCCGGCUCAUUUCUUUUGGGUCUACCACUUGACUUUUUUGCUCCAUGAGCCUCAGGAUGUUUUUCAGAAGUUUGAAAUGAUGAAAUGUCUUACUGAGUCCAACCUCAGCAGCAAUGGCGCGCUGCGAGAGGCCUUGCUUAUGCAGCUCAACAAUCCCACCGCCCUCAAAGAGAGAAAGCUGUUUUGCCUUUGCCAUCAAGAGAUCAUGACCGUGUGAGUACCGGACACUAAAUCACAUUCAAUCCACACUUUUUGCAAAGAUUUUGCCUUUUUAAAAGCUGUGCUCUUAAACUUUUGAUCUUGAAUUGAAUCAAUGAAUUGCUUACUCCUAAACAUUCAUUUCGUCUCACUCCCAGUUCUUCUUUUUGCGUUUUGAAGCGCUACUUGGAACCUCCUGUACAUGUAAAUCGCAGUAUGGAUUGUAGGCCGUAUCGCCCAUCCCUAAUUCACAUGAUUGUGAGUGAGUUGAUGGAAAAACGCAUCAACAAGCAUCGUGAAAGAGAUGCAAAAAUCCUGUUGAAGUCAAGCUGCAGAUGAAUAAACAGACAAGCCCAUCAACAGUGUGUGUGUGUGUGCGUGCGUGCGUGCGUGCGUGCGUGCGUGCGUGCGUGCGUGCGUGCGUGCGUGCGUGCGUGCGUGCGUGCGUGCGUGCGUGCGUGCGUGCGUGCGUGCGUUAUGUUCCUUUCCAAAGGACAAUACUUGCUUUGUGUGUGUGUGUGUGUGUUUUCUCCAAAAGUUUAGUACUUUGUGAAGGAAGACUUUGGCAUGAUUUCAGAGGAGAGGAAGUGUGCUGCACAUUGCUUCUACCUGGAGCCACCGAAGCGUAUGAAGGAAACUCAUUUAGGCCGCUCGUAUGCGCGCCCUUGCUCUUUUGGUCACUCCUCAAAGCUCAUGACCAUACGUGAGGGUAGGUACCACGUUACUGCGGACCCCACACCAAUUUGCCGGGGUGAUCUCACGCUCCAGCCUUCCCUCAUCCGUGGACUGGAUCCUGAGGUAGUCGAACUCCUCCCCCUGUUGCACGACCCCAGUCCCGAUGCGACGGUGCAGUCCACCCUUUUUCCAGCUGAGAGCCAUGACCUCAGAUUUUGGAGGUGCCAAGUCUCAUCCCAGAAGCUUCAAAAAUGACAAACAUUUUCGCCUUGUUUUAGUCAGUUCCGUUUUAGUGAAAGAAAUCAAAUAAAAAAAGGACGUGCGAGUAUUGGAAAGUGGAGAAGGACACAAUGACUCUGUAUACAAAGUACACCUGUAAAGGUCUACAGGUGAAUACAAACUCCAAUGUAGGUACAGCGUAGCUCAUAAAAACAACAUACACACGUGUGUGUCUUAAAAUGCACCAGACGCGUUGGGGAAUUUGCAAACGAUCGGUAUCACCGAUACCAGCCUGAAUUUUACUGGUGUCAAUCGCGUACCCCACUGACUCGUACGAACUGGAGUCGGCAAAAGGAAGGCCGUUUCCCAUCAUGACUGAGCAUUACAGCGCUGCCGGUACCAGGAUGUUGCUGUCAAAAUGGUCAUCGUAGGGGGGGGUCAUCGUAGGGGUCAUCCGUAGAAGCGGAAGAAGAUGGUCAAUGUUGUAAUUGGCGUUUCCGGUAAGUUGGAACAGUGCUACACCCUCGGGAACUAAGUACACCGUGUACGCAGUAUAUUUACUGACGCGUACUGACGGACGUACAGCGCUUCAGUAUAACCGAACAGAAACGGUGAGAUUUAAAAACCGAUUCCAAGUGAGUUCUUCACAACCGCGCAGGAACGAAACAAAGACUGAGUUUCCCAAGAACAAGGAGAGCCAACAGAACUAAAGUAAAAGUACACAAACUGCCAUUUAUUUGGUGCUCUGAAGAGGAAAUAAUGCACUGCUGUGUUGUCUUUAAAGGACGUCAACACUCAAAUAUGAAGCCAGUCUUUUACAGCAGGGGGUAGAAAAUAAUACAGGAGGGAAGGAAACGCGUACGAUGGGUUAGCUUUCAUUUUCACACACACACGAGAAGAGAAUGAGCCCUUUUUCCGUGGGGAGACGGGGCAUUCUGCGUAGACCGGGGUGUCCAGAGUCCGGCCCGGGGGCCAUUUCUGACCUGGCGCUUAUUUAGAAAUACAAACAAAAAAAAAACAUAAAAAUGGCCAAAAUCAGAACACUUCCAAGGAUGAUUAGCGCCACACGGAAAAGGAAACUACAGUAAUCCCUCGUCGCUUGGCGCUGAGCACGGUCAAAAAUAUGCAUAUUCAAGCAAAUUUUACAUGUUUUUGGCCUAAUGAAGCAUUUGCAAGCAUAAAAAUGACAGUUGAAUGACAGUAAAAUCCCCUUAUAAAGGGCGCAUUCAAAGACUGUGAUAUGUAGUGUCCUACACAGGUCACUAGGUGUCGAUGAGACAGUAGCCACCACAGGAAGUACUGUACAGAAACAGGAAGUAAAUAAACAAACUCUCAAUGCUAACCUGUGUGUGUCUGUUAUGUCUUAUUUUCUCUUGUGUCUCCUAUGUUGGCUAAUAGGAGUGUAAAGGUGACUAUAGGGGUGUUAUUUCAUGUCUAGAGGGCUCUAAUCAUGUUCAAAACUGUUCAGCAGGUCAUGAACAGGUUUUCUAUGCUGUAACUACAAAAAUAUUUGGUUUAUAAAUAAGGAAUCCUACUUUGCAUUCUGGAACCUACCAACCGCCAUAAAGGAGGGAUUACUGUAUCGAAAAGUUAGAAGAAUGUUAUUCGCCUGGAUUUGGAUAUUCAAGGAUCAUUAAAAAAAAAAUCGAUUAUAUACAGUAUAUGUAUAUAUAUUUUUUAAUAUUUGCCAAAAAUGAGUUCAAUUUUUAGAUGUAGAAUCAAAAACUUUGAAUAAACGUGAAUAAAAAUCAUUUGCCCACAAGAAAAUGUGUUGAGUUAUAAAAUAUGUAUUUUGCAAAUCUACAAAUGAGUCACGAAAAAUGUAAGUGUUGCGCGUUUACAGACGGACAAUGGAUGGCACUCUGGACACCCCCGUCUUGGGGAAUGUGGUGAGGCUAGCUUGUGAGCGUGUGCGUGUGCGUGUCAUAAAUGCAUUCUUUAAAGAUCAUUUUUGCGGUGUUAUUAAAAGCAAAGAAUAUUAGAAAAGGAAAAGUGUGGAAUCGGCCUUUCAUCCUUGUCACUACACGGUUGUGCAGGGUGUCCCAAAACAAGUCUGGACACGUAGGGGGAAAAUGCAUGUAUUAUCCAGUUAGCAAAAAUGUAAAAAGCUGAAUUUGAUAUGAAAAAUAAAUACAUGGUACUUUUUACAUUUUAAUUGUUUAUUUAUUAUAUUAUUUCAAAAUUAGAGAUGCACCACAUCUUUUUUACAAACCCAUACAGACUAACUUUCUGCUUCUCAAGACCGAUAUGGUACCGAUAACUUUCUUAGAUCUACUUUAUUGAGAUGUAAGUGUAGUUUGUCCACGCCUGGAGGCAAGAAGGACUGCAGCAAAUUAGGAUUUGUUGAUUUGUCCUAAUGAAAUAUGACAUUACCACUACCACAUCACCACUAUCAGGAGAACCAGAAUAUAGAGGGGGAGGAGCCACCUGCUGUGGCCCAGCAAGGUAGACUGUAUUCGGGCACACACUCCGAGUAGCCGGUGUGACACGACGGAGGUUUCCGGCAAACCUUUUGCACUUUUCAAACAUCAUGGCGCUGGCGUUUCAGGUGGCCGAUGAGGUUUUUUGUGGGUUUUUUCCCCCUCAUCACAGAGCAUUUGGUACACAACUAGCACAUGAAAUAUCUUCAUGGGAAAGUGAACGUUUGUUUACAAGUGAGCUCAGGGGAAGUUAUAACAGGCUGUUAAUGUCACCGGCAGGAGGAAAAAGGAGCGCUUUAUUUGUGCACCCGCACCAUAUCUCGCCUCUGGAGCGUUUUUUUUUUUUUUAAUUACCUGUUAUAGGAGCUAUUUUUAAUGUUGUAGGAUUUAUCGGUAUGACGUCAUAAAUCCUGAUAAUUAGGCCUGUCACGAUACAUUUUGCCGGUUGAUAAUUGUGCUACUAAUUAUCAAUAAUUGAUGUCUUUAUUUUUUGACACCAUUAUUUUCAUGGUGUAAUUCACAUUUGAACCACUAGAUGGUACUCAAGUAUAGUGUACUUGCACGUGUGUGAGACAUGAGCUUUGACACAGAAGUUGCCUGUACCGUAUGUACAGUAUGUUUUCGCAAUGUAGCCAGGGACACUGUGAGCGCGCACCAUUUUCACUGUUUUGUUUAUAUUUGCCGACUAAACGCCUCAGUUAAAACCCAUAUGUUCCCACACUGUCGCUGUUGAAACCAUCGCCUCAGCGCCUGCAUUCAUGUUAGCGUAUGCUGCUUCACGAGGCUAACUGCUAGCACUCUGUAGCCACUCACUAGUAGCCCCGCCUCCGCAAAGAACCUGAAUGAGAUGAGGGUUCACUCUGUCCGUUCAUUGCAAUAUACAACCAAUGCGCACAGACACAAGCAGAGUGAACCCUCUUGUCGCCCAACAUGUGUGCCACAGACAGAAGAGCAGAUGAAACACACGCACACUUGCACGUCAAUUUAUCCACGGCUCAUAAUUAUACAGCUGUUUUUCUUAUUGUUUGAUUUAUCACUUUAUCAAAUUAUCGUGACAGGCUUACUGAUAAUUACCUUGAACCCCUGUCGUAAAUGUUUCAUUUGAAUUAUUAAAACAUAUAUGUUUACUAAUUCAUUGUGAAUGAAAUUGAACGUUUGUAUAUAUGUAUAUUUUAUGUCCGGACUUUAGAGACACCCUGUAUGGAGCAAAAUAUUAACUAAGCAAAUUCUAAGCAUACCGUCUUUAAAAUAAAAACAAAAACAAACCACACACACAUUUGACUGUUUGGCCUUUUAAAA